GUGACUUCCCAACAAGUUGUUAUACGUGAUGUACCUAAUUUCAAAUACAAGUAUCCUCAACUUGUAGCUGCAUUAUCUUACAUGCCACAUAGCAUUAAAAAAGAUUUUGAUAAUUAUAAAGCAAAUGUGAUGAAUCAUGACCUAUUUAGAAAUUUAACCAUCCAGGAAAUGAUAAAGAUUUCCAUUGCCAGUCAAAUGAGUAAAAGUGCUGUAGGCGAUACCUUAUACGCCUGUUUAGUUCCUGGUAGACUUGAAACGGGAAAACUCGGAUUUCCAGAUGCUAAAUUUCUGAAGGGCGGCAUUAUAGAAUAUAAACUACUUGGUCUAAUUAAUGUCACUAGCAAGCUUAGAGUUUAUAUAUAUAAGAUGAUGCUUGAUGGAACUGUUGACCCAAAAUUUCCAAUAGAUGUGACUGAACAUAAAAUCACAUGUGUUUCGCCUUAUGUUUUAGAUGUACUCUAUAAAACGGUCUAUAGUGCACCUUGGUCUUUAGAAACAUUAGUUAGGGAGAUUCUUGAUAAGCUGAAACGUUUUGAUAAGGAUUCUAAAGUACGUGCUGAAGGAGGAGCUCAGCUUACUGAAACUACUUUACG